AUGACGAUUCGCAUGUUCCUGGCGGGACUCCUUCUGAAAUCCCCGUUAUCCCACCGCACCUUCGAAGCUCUGUACGGCGACUUUGUGUGAGUUGAAUGACGUUGAAGUACAGCUCUGCGCAAAGUCAAUGUUUUCAGCUCAUCGCACUUCCGAAACAUUCGAAAGUUCUACUCACCAAGUGUCGUUUUUGAACAAAUGAUCUCAAACGAGGACGGAUGGUUCAUCUUGGUUAGUGUGCACAGACAGUUUACCUUUCAUCAAUCUCAUUCUAGAUUCCGGCAAUGUUAGUGAGACCUGGCGAGUACGACGAUAAAUGUCUCGUGGGCCUGACGACGGACGUGACCAUUUUGACGGCAAUGCUCCAACGGUUUGAACAGUCAAAGUUUUCGGUCCAAUCAACCGCCGGACCCUGUGAGUUUCCAGUAGAUUGGCAAAGAGGAGAAAAUCUGAAUUUCAGCUCUCCUCCUCGUUCUCGAUGAAUGCAUCGCCUUUCUCCAAAAAAGGAUCGCACCACGUGGAUCCACUUUUGAAUAUACCUCGGACCAGUUGGAAUCGCUGCACGUCCUGAACGUACAAUACGAUCCCUCCUUUGGUCAGCCAACAACUUCCUCGUUCAACUAUCUCAAUAGCAAUCAGCAGCCAUACUAG